AUGAAGUCAUCCACGUUGCUACCGCAGUUGCAGCAUCAACAGCAGCAACAACAUCAGUACCCGGGGGCGCGCCGCACCCGUCCCGCAGCUGUGCCGCGGAAACCUGUCGUGGGGAACAGCAUUGCGCGCCUGAUGGAGACGGGUGGUCUCCCGGCAGAUGCGGACCUCGAGCGGAUGCUUACGACGGACGGGCCGCUGAGGGCUAAAAGAGCGCCGGUGCACCCCUACGUGGCGCGGCUGGCCUCUAAAGUAAUGACGGAGGUUUCGCCUUACAAUCGAAUGAACGGCGUGGUGCUGGACGUCGCAGAGCUCAACAAGAUCCCCGGCAAGUUGAACCUGAAGGACCUUAGAGAGUGGGAGGCGGCGCAGGGGCGGGAGUCGCACGGCUCGUCCACCACCAACCCAUCACUCUUCACGGAGGCGCAGGGGCCGCGGCAGGAGGGGCAGUUGCCCACGCGUGAAGAUACGAGGACGUACGCUGAGUUGCUAGACGUCUACUCGAUGCACGAGUUUCUCAUUCGAAAGGGUGCCACGCUCAGGAGUACACCAGAGUUUGCGUCAUUUAAGCGGCGCUACGCCGCGUGCUGGGGAAAUGUGGAGCUCGUGAUACGAAGACUUGAAGAGUUUCUUCAGAACUACGGCAUUGACCUCGCGUAUGUGGACGGCAGAAAGGUCGCCGCAUUGGCGACGUUUCAGGUCGAUGACCUCCUCUCACGCGAAGAAAUGUUGCAGUGUCUCGCCAACCGUGAGGAGGUGGAGCCCCUCACCAGCAGUGUGUCACAGCAGUACGUCUCCGGUGUCAACGGUCACAAUCUCGCUGCGCAAAAGAUACAGGCAACGUGGCGCAUGUACCUGCAGCGUAUCGCGUACCGACACCUCCUCGUGGGCACACGGGCCUCCAUAGUUAUUCAGCGCACGUGGGGGCUCUACAGGUCUCACUGCCUCACGAAAAACAUUAUAAAGGCACAGAGAGAGACGCGGGUGCUUCGGUGGAAGAAGACAAUGGAUGAGUUCACUAAGAAGUGGCCGCAGCUGCAAGAUGGACGUCGCACGAUUAUUCACUUACCGUCCUUGUCGUACCCUCGAUUUCACGCCAAACAUGUUCCAUUUUACUCUGCGCUGCAGAUGGGACAACUCACCCGCCUUGCUGAACUGCAUGACCCAAAUGUCGACGUGGUUCUCCUAGCGCCCUUCCGGCCGGAACCGGAGGUGCUGGAUUACUACCACACGCUCCUGGAGGAUGCUGGCGUGCAUAACUCGCGCGGCCGGGUGACACUGCUGGUACCAGAGGAUGUGAAGCGGCUGCCGGAGGGCCUCAGCCUCACGCGGCUUGUACUGCUCAGCUCGCGUUUGAUGAAGUGUCUCGCGUCGAUGUGUAGAGGCAAGAAUGCAUAUGUCGUCCCAGGUGUUAUUGGCCCCGAGGAGCUUUCGUUCGCAAUCGAGCUAAAUGUCCCGAUGCUCAGUGCGGACCCCACCACAGCACAGGCCUUUGGCACAAAGAGCGGCUGCCAACGCCUGCUAGAUCUGGCUGAGGUAGACACGCCAAUUGGAGUGCACAACUUGCGCAGCAGACACGAGCUGAUGCGUGCGCUGGCGACACUGAUCAUUGACCACCGUGAGGUCACCCGUUGGCUGGUGAAGCUAGAGACCGAGUCGUGCAGUCGCGGACACGCCUAUUUUGAUGUCAACCGUCUUCGCGUGCUCAAGGACGAAGACGAGUCACGCAAGAAUUAUCGCGGCGUUCUGACUGAGUUAGAGGAGCACGCGGGGAAACGGGCACGUUUGGUGCACCCCAACAGUUAUCCAGACUGGGAGGCCUACGCGACGAUGUUCGAUGCUGUGGGUGGAUGCGUGGAAGCCGUGCCGAACCGAGUCAAGUCAUCACUUACGGCUAACCUCUUUAUUGAGCCAACCGGUGUGGUAAACUUGCAGUCGAUUGUGGAGCCGAUGCUCGCCCCCGCAUUCACUGUGAUGGGCUGCCACUAUCCUCUGCAGAAGUUUGUGCCCUAUGCUAUGGCGCGGGACGCGGCCCUGAGUGUGGGAAAGGCUGCCUUCCGCAGGCGCAUCAUGGGCUACGUCUCAGUGGACUUUGUGCUGUGCGACGCGAGUGAGGAGUCUCCGCUGCGACUAUGUGCCGUGGACGUGGAUCUGUGCCUCACUAAUAACGCCGCCGCACACCGUUUCGCCUGCUUGAUUACCGAUAGCACCUGGGACCCCGAGAAUGGGAGUUGCACGUCCGGUGGCACCCAGGAGUCUCUUUCGUACGCGUACAGUGGCAUCAUUCACAGCCCGUUUCUCUCGGCGGUACGGCACGGUACGUUCUUCUCUCUGUGCCACUCACGUGGGCUCUCGUUUGACCGGGACCGGCGGUCGGGCCUUGUGUUCCAUAUGAUAGACGUUCUGCUGCGCGGCUGUCUUGGUGUGCUGUCUGUCGGCACGCAGCGGGGCCACGUCACGAAGGUAAUGAAGGAGUUCCAGAACUUGCUGAACCUGGAGUUGCCGAAGCAGAGCGAGCAUUCGGCGCAAAGCAACUUUGUGUACUUCUCAUCCGCCAUCCACCAGCUGGUGCGGUCUGUCUCAAUAUCCAAAGGAAUGUAA